AUGACAGGCUGCGCAGCAGCCCUGCCUCAAUCAAUCCCUCUCGGUGAAGUCGCUGAGAUACCCGCCGCGCCAAUCACUGAGACUCCGCUUGGUGAGGGUGCUGGUACCAAGGUCGUGCCCUACUCUCCAGAUGCUGUGGUUGCCGACACCUUUGCCUCAGUCCUCGCGGAUCCUGCCUCUGCCGACAAAUCACUGAAGCGGAGAGGUUGGGACUGCUCAGAACAGCCUCUUGGAAAAGGACCAGUCCCAAGCCCCGACUCUCCGGAAGCUUUCCUUGCUAUGGAGGAGAUCUCGAAGGCUGCCACUGAUGCCUCAACACCGACUGGCUAUGUCAACAAGUUCAAGAACUUGAAGGGCAGCAACAACGCCGUGGCAUAUCUUGGAUACAAGACCUUGGAUACCUACGACACUCAAGCUUGUGCCGACUCUUGCACUGAGAAGGAAGGAUGCUCAGCGUUCAACAUCUUUUACGAGAGGGACCCUUCUGUAGUUCCUGCCGAUUCAUGCUCUAACCCCGCUAGCACUACAGUCAUCAAGUGUGUACUGUGGGGUAGCCCUGUGACCGCCGAAACAGCUGUCAACAGCGGACAGUGGCGCGCAGACUUUCACGUAGUCAUUGCUGGAUCAAACGGCUAUGACAGUGAACGCGUAGUCUCUGUCGACGGCUACAGCGGCGAGUCUCUUGGAAACGUCGCGAUCAACGCUCCAAAUGACUGCAACGGUGACGAUACUUACAUGGGCUACAAGCUCUUCAACGACGGUCAACCCUUCGAACCCGCCCGUUGCGCCGCCGCAUGCGAAGCUGAGACAAAAUGGAACGUCGAGCACCUCAACAGCCGCAUGCUGUGCAAGUUCUUCAACACCUACGUCCUGAUGAAGAACGGCGAGCCCCAAGGCCAAUACUGCUCGAUGUACACCCAGAAAUGGGCGAAGAGCGUUGCUGUCAACGAUGGCCAGUACCGUGGAGACGACCACUACACGAUUGCUUCCAGCUACUCCUACUCCAACACCGCUGAUCCUGGAAAGCCUAAGCUGCCUUGCGAUGUCGCUGCCGCAAAGUCUGCUAUUGUUGCUUCGUCUCUGCAGCCUUUCUGCUCUACUUUUCUUGGAUACACGACACAGGUUUCGGCUGUGAUCGCCACUGUAACUGCCACUGUCCCCGCUACCACUGUUGUCAUCACCAAUGCGCCCGUAACCACAACCACCACGACAGUUACUCAAUCUCCCCGGAAGCGCGACGUUGCCGUUCAGGAUACGCCUGCUGCUCUUGCCGACUUUGCUCCCAGUGCUGUGUCCGCAGCCUGUAGCCUUCAAGCUACGCCCGUCACAGAAGCUACUACAAUGUCUACUACGACCACUGCGACCGUUAGCUCCGGCACUGUAAUAGUCACUACCACAUUGCCUGUUCAAACUACCAUCGUCACUUCGGUAGUCGCACCAGCAGCGCCGACGUGCACUGCCGGCGCCAACCUCAUCAAAAACGGUGGCUUCGAAGAUGCUAUGUCAUCCUGGCAAACGGAGUUGUGGGAUAACAGGAAUGCGCCGCCAGCUUGGUCUAGAGUCAACGGUGGCUCCAGCGGCGGCUCCUCUUUCCAGGUCCAAGUCACAAAAGUAGACCCCCUCUCAUCCACCGGCAUGGUCCUGAGCCAGACAAUCACCGGUCUGAUUACAGGUGUUACAUAUACCUUCUCCUACAAGUACCUCGUCACAGACUCGCCAUCUAGCGUUAUACAGUGCCAGUUUACCGGGCCGAACAUGAUAUCGCGGGCUCUGACGAAUGACGGGCGUGUCAACUCUUGGCUCUCCGGACCCAACGGUGGCGGACAGACAUUUGUAGCGACGCAUACAGUGGGGACGUUGCUUUGCUAUUUCGUUGCCGAUAAUCCUCAGACUUUCCGCAUUGAUGAGAUAUUUAUCGGGUGCUAG